UCAGAGCAGACAUAUCCUUGUCCAAGGAGUGGAUCUAGCUGAGGUCAUGUCACAGAAAGAGGAUUUGAGCGAAGUGACCGUCAGUCAGACUCUGAGCAGCUGGGAUAUAGACCGAGACAAGGGACCGAACCAGAGUGCGCGCCGCUUGCUCUCAAUCCUGCUCGUCUCCGUGCUGCUACUUUUCUUGAUCAUCGCUUCCCUUGUCUGCGCCUUUUGGCUCCUGAUCUACCCCAAGUUGCCUACAGAGACCAGGGGCACUGGAAACAAAUUUGCUGUACACCUGUUAGCCAACAUUGGUCAGAACAAGACUGUAACGUGGUCAGCAACCCCUGGGCUAGGAUGGAACUAUCUGGGCAGUGGCUUCCACUUUGAAAAUCAGGAGCUACAAACCACCAGGGAUGGGAUGUAUUAUGUGUAUGCAAAGCUGAGAGUAUACUGCUCUGUUCGAAAACAUUGCAAUGAAACUUCACCAGCCAAGUUAAGCAUUAACUAUUACAAUGAAAACAAUAUGAACCUCUCUAUAUUGAGCAUGAACGUGCCAGUUUCCCAGGAGGAUCAACAGACGGCUGCCAUCAGUUACUCAGUUUCUUGGAGGUCCCACCUACUAACUGCUAGAGUUGGCUCACGAAGCUCCACAUUAGGACGUCGUGGUUCAAGGACUCCUCAGUCCACGGCAGCCCCAUUUAGGCUUCUGGGGUUCGUUGACUCGUGAUCUGCCUUCGCCUGCCUAUGGCUGACUCUUAGGAAUCAGGACGAGCAACGCCUCUUUCCUUGUUGGACCAGAAACAUACUGAUCCAGUAGGCAAGACCGGAUAAGGACAGCAAAUCUCCUUCCCUAAAGGACAUUAAUAAACCAGACGAGUUUUUUUUAUGACAAUUAUAAAGAAAAUAUAAAACUUUUCCAAUAUUAUUGUGGGAUAAUGUAAAGCAGGCUUUUGGGGGCUGUGUGUAUGUUGCAUGUGUAUGUGACUAAUUUAAUUAAACUGAAGACAGUCAGACUGCAAGAUUUAAAUUAUCAAAGGGUUAAGUGUAAAGCAGGCAUUUUUGAAGUGGAAAUGAAUGAGCUAAGAUGGGAUACCAUUAGGUACAGCAUGAAUAGGAAUUUGUGUUCUGACACAAAUGAAGAGUGAAUUUUUAGCUAUUGAACUUCAUAGAGAGAAAGAAGGAAGU